GCAUGCGGACCACAAAAUGGCGAUUGCUCACUACCUAAUGACUCACUUUGAGGAAAAAUACGGUUCACCAUGGCACUGUGUUGUAAGCGACGGGAAUUUGGGAUUCUACGUGCGAUACGAUGCCUCAAAUCAUAUCUAUUUUGCCAUUGGGAACACCACGUUUUUUUUGUUCAAAAGUCAAUCGUAACA